AUAAGUAAUACUUAUCUGAUAUUUAUUCGUAUUUUUUUAAGUACUCAACCUAAUCACGCUUACGUCAUAAUUGUUAGAAAUCAAAAUUUCUAUCUGUGCGAAGGUGAAAGUAAUAAUUUUGCUGAUUUUUUUUCUGUGAACUGUUAACUUAAGGUUAUGUGUGAUUAUUAAUUGUCAGUAUAUAUAUAUACAUAUAUAUCUAUAUAUCAGUAUUUACUUUGUGGUUUGGAAAAGAUGGUAAAUACUGGAUUGUUAGUACUGACAAAUCCAAAAAGGAUUGGAAAAUUAUUACCAAUCAUUAAACAACAUGUUUUAAAGACUUUAUAUAUACAGUACUUUCCAGAAAAAAAUAUUCUUGUCUCCAGUUCAUAUUCAGUAUCUCCAAAGUUGACAGGUCCUUGUUACUCACGGAUCAUAGCUAAUAUUUAUGCAUUUGCUACUAAUCAUUCUAACAGUUUAGAUGUGCGAGUAUUAUUAUCAAAUUUGAAGAGUUCAAAUGGAUCAAUUACACAUACCAAAAGGCCAGUUGAAUUAGUUAUUUUUGAUAGAAUUUGUAGUAAUAGUGAUGCAAAUACUUUUAUGCAAAAUUGUUUAUCCAAUACAUCAAUGGGCUGCAAGUAUCUUACAUUUGAUGAAAAAGAACUAGAGACAGAAUAUGACGAAACUAGUGCAGAAUCAAAUAGUGAAGAUAAGUUGUAUAAAAAUGUGGUUCUUGGUGGUACCUUUGACAGACUCCACAAUGGCCAUAAAAUAUUUUUAAGUGAAGCAAUUUUACGGUGUACUGAUAGUUUAACAGUAGGAGUGACAGAUAUAAACAUGAUAAAAAAAAAAAUGUUGUGGGAAUUAAUUGAAUCAUGUUCUCAACGAAUUGCUUCAUUAAAAGAUUUUACAGAAGAUGUAGAUCCUAGUUUAAAGUACAACUUGGUACCAAUUAUUGAUAUGUAUGGCCCCACAAAAGAUGAUCCUAAUUUUGAAAUGAUUGUAGUUAGUGAAGAAACAAAAAAAGGAGGUGAAAUGAUUAAUGAAAAACGUAAAGAAAAUCAUUUAAAUUCACUUGAUAUUUAUGUUGUCAAGUUGGUUGAGGAUGCAAAUCACACAGAACAUGAAGAGACAAAAAUCAGCUCAAGUAACAAUAGAAUACGCUUACUUGGUACAAGAUUGAAAACACCUAAUCUAGAUGGUAAAGCCAUUCUACCAUAUAUAAUUGGGCUUACAGGUGGAAUAGCUAGUGGUAAAUCAUCAGUAGCUAACAAGCUGCAAAAUUUAGGUGCUGGUCUUAUCAAUUGUGAUUUACUUGCACAUUCCUUAUAUGCCCCAGGUAUGAAAUGUAAUACCUUAAUAAAGGAAACAUUUGGACCACAAUUUAUAAAUCCUGAUGGUCAAGUGAAUAGAAAAGAAUUAGGAAAUUUAGUCUUCCAUAACGAGGCUGAAUUAAAAAAAUUAAAUAACAUAAUGUGGCCUGCGAUUCUUGAGGAGACAAAAUAUCAAAUUAAUAAAUUGUACAAAGAAGGGUUUGAAAUAGUUGUAAUAGAAGCAGCAGUUUUGAUUCAAGCUGGUUGGCAACCUCAUUGUCAUGAGAUUUGGACUUGCAUAGUUCCACAAGAAGAAGCUGUAAAUAGGCUUAUGGAACGAAAUAAAUUUAGUGAAGAAGAAGCUAAGAAAAGAAUUUUAGUUCAACCAAAUAAUGUUGAGCAAGUGAAGAAUGCUCAUGUAGUUUUUGCUACUUUAUGGAGCCAUGAAAUUACACAGCAACAGAUUCAAAAAGCUUGGAAUGAAAUAUUAAAAGACUUAAAAAAAUAUCUAAAAAGCUAGUAGAUUAGCUUAAUGUUAAUAUUCAACAAAUUUUUUAUGCUUAAUGUAAACAACGCAAGGUUUACAAUUUUUAUUAUGCAAGGCUGGUGUAAUAUAUGUACAGAAAUAUCUAUCUAUAUUUCUAUGAUAAAAUUUAAUAAAAUAAAUUAUAGAAUUGGAACUGUCAU